GCUUAUUGUGACACAAGGCAGCCAGUGGGUCUAGGCAACAAGAAGUCAGUCAGACCUGGGAGGACCUGGAGAAAUGAUCAGGGGGAGGAAGGAAGCUAAGGGUUAUGGAGCAGGAAGAAGGAAUCCAAGUGGUUUCAGACCAAGAGACAAAUGCUGCAGUGAAGAGUAGGGAGCUGAAUGAAACAGUUCAGGAGCAGAUCACAGAGCUGGAGAUGAGGAAUCAGGAGAACAAUCUAGAGCAAGAAGAAGAAAUAUCAGAAGAUAACACAGAGCUGAAUGGAGACAUCCCAGGGGAGAAUGGAAGGGAUUGUGAGUUUGUGGCUGGAGCUCGGCCAAAGAUCAAAGAACAAGUUCAAGGAGGACAGGAAGUAUUUACAGAACAGUCUGAUGAAGUCCUAACAAGGAAUGAAGAAUCAGUUGGGGCAGGCCAAGAUUUUUUCAGAGGCUUUUCUGUAGGACCUCACAAGAAGAUCCUGAGGCAGGCUGGGAGAUCCUGGGAAGAAGUCACAGAGAGAGUGGGAACAGGACAGAGCCAGAUGGCAGAAGAAGACAGCCAAGGCCAAGAGGCAGGCCUAAAGCUAGUCAGAGACCUGUUGGCAGUUGUCACCAGGUCUGACCUUCCACUUGAGGAAAAGUUGGAGUUGGAAUUCGUGACCCUUCAGUUUAUGAUGGGAGGCAACGUGCAUUUGCUUGGGGAAUUGCAAAGCCAGGCGGUGGUGGAGAACUUCCGACAGGAAGUGUUUGCAAAAUUCCCUAUACCAGCUUUCCAUGUGACCAGCUCAGUGAUCUGUUGUGAUCAAGCUGCCAGCCAGUGGCCUGACAGGUCUCAGCUCUUGAAUGAAAAUGGCUGUUCCAGACAACAAGAAAGAAUCUACUCCCAGCUCAUCUUCUUCCUGUGCAGAGCCCCUUUCCUUAAAUCUUGGGACCAACUGGAUCGACUGGCUGAAAUGCUACACAAGCUGAAGAACUGCAUCUAUUACAACCCAGUGGCCUUGGUUGGAGUCAUUGUGCAAGUGGAUCCAGACCCAGGAUUGGAUGCAGAACAGGAGGCCCGGGCACGGCGCUGGCUGAGAUGCUUGCUAGAUGGGUUCUUUUGCUGUGAUUUGUUGUUAGACCACGAUGGGACAGAACCAGAAGUUCAGGUCCAGGUAGCAGUCUAUCAGUCAGGCCAACCCGAAAGAGCUUUAGAAGUCAAGAGAGCAGCUUGUCAGGCAAUUCGAGCAGCCCUGAAGUUCUGAAUGGGCACAACGAAUGACCACUCUGAUCACAUGAGAUCUCCAGUAAUGUGCAAGAUCUCACCAUCCCUGGAACAUCAUUUAAAAUUCAGAUUAUUCCCUCCAAAUUUUCUCUGUGUGUUCUUUGAUUUUGGAAUUGUUUACACCAAUAUGAAAAUGUCUCAACAUGUGGCAGCAUUAGGCUGUUCUUGUCUGGGUCAGACCUGUUUAAAGAUUAAAGGAAAGACCCAGGUAUUCCAAAGCUGGAGGCUGGUUUGGGAAGUGUCCAUCCAUCCAUCCAUCCAUCCACAAAAACGGUAGUAAGCAAUUUCUGUAUUGUUGCCAAAAAAACUUCAUGGAAACUCACUUGGCAACAAGUUUGACUCGAAAAAGCCUUUACUUUUAGUAUGAAAAAGCCUAGCUCUUGAUACCCCAGGAAGAAAGGAGAGAAGAAAUUUAAGGUCAGAGCAGUAGAUGCUUUGAUAAAGUCAGUCAAGAUAUACAAAAUUCAAAAUUGAGAUAAGAAAUACAGGUAGUCCU